ACUGACGGGUAUUGGUCAAGAGUCCCUCGCCGCCAUCACAGCAGCAGAGAUGGCGUCCAGCUCAAAGAGCUCCUCCCGCAAGCUGGAGCAGCCGUGGACGGAAGAGGAGAACAAGCGGUUCGAGAUAGCCAUCGCACGCUACGACGACACCCCCGACCGCUGGCAGAAUGUGGCCAGGGCCGUCGGCGGGAAGUCGGUGGAGGAAGUGAAGCGCCAUUACGAAGAACUCGAGAACGACAUCAAGCUCAUUGAUUCCACCACAGAACCGAUCUACAGCUACCCCAACUCCAAUAGCUGGCGCCGCAACGGCACCGCCGACAGGAGCAGAGGUGGCUGAGGGUCUCAAAUCUUCAGUGUAUAUAUAUGGUGGGAAGCAUAUGUAUAAAGAAUCACAAGGAUGAAGGUAAUGAACGAUCAGACCGCACUUAUCUCCUAAUAUCUGGCUUUGGUAUCAGUCAAAGAUGUAUCUACGUCCAUCUAGGACGAUGCUGUAUGUAUUGCUAGUUUGCCUAAUGAAAGUGAUUCUGAUGUAUUCCCAUA